CAUAACAACAGUCAUGGCGGCGGCUGCACGGUUUUUCCUGAAAGGUGCUAACACCAAACUUUCCCUGUCCGGGGUGCAUUGCUCCAAUGGGACAACUCUUCUCAGAUUGUCACCGAGCUGCCUGACUUGUGCGAAAACACCAAGAAGACAUGCAGCUCAUUUCACUUUCCAGCCGGACCCCGUACCGACACAAUACGGUCCGACAACAAAGAUGAACCUGUUCCAGUCCAUUACAAGUGCCUUGGAUAACACACUUGCCACUGAUCCCACAGCAGUGAUCUUUGGAGAAGACGUGGCCUUCGGGGGAGUGUUCAGAUGCACUGUGGGCCUCAGAGACAAAUACGGCAAGGAUCGAGUCUUCAACACUCCCCUCUGUGAGCAGGGAAUUGUGGGAUUUGGAAUCGGAGUGGCCGUUGCCGGUUCCACUGCCAUCGCUGAGAUCCAGUUUGCCGACUACAUCUAUCCAGCUUUUGACCAGAUUGUCAAUGAAGCCGCCAAAUACCGCUACCGUUCUGGCAACUUGUUCGACUGCGGAAACCUGACCAUUCGUGCUCCGUGGGGGUGUGUAGGCCACGGAUCACUUUACCACUCUCAAAGCCCUGAGGCCUUCUUCGCCCACUGUCCGGGCCUUAAGGUUGUUAUACCACGUAGUCCUAUGCAGGCAAAGGGUCUGCUUCUAUCCUGCAUCGCUGAUAAGAAUCCAUGCAUUUUCUUUGAACCCAAGAUCCUAUACAGAGCAGCAGUGGAGCAGGUUCCCACAGAAUCGUACAUGAUCCCUCUCUCGCAAGCUGAAGUCUUACAGGAAGGAAGUGAUGUCACGCUGGUCGCCUGGGGAACACAGAUCCAUGUGAUGAGAGAGGUGGCAAAUAUGGCUCAAGAAAAGCUUGGAGUUUCCUGCGAGGUCAUCGAUCUACGCACCAUCUUACCAUGGGAUGUGGAAACGGUUUGUAAGUCUGUGGUCAAAACUGGACGUUUGCUCAUUAGCCACGAAGCGCCCAUAACCGGAGGCUUUGCAGCUGAGAUCAGCUCCACAGUACAGGAGCAAUGCUUCCUCAACCUGGAGGCUCCGAUCAGCAGAGUCUGUGGUUACGACACCCCUUUCCCCCACAUCUUUGAACCCUUCUACAUCCCUGACAAGUGGAAGUGUUUCGAGGCCAUCAAGAGGAUGAUCAACUUCUGAACUCCAGUCAGGUAGCAGCAGCAGCUUUGAAAGUUUUCGAGAGGAGCUGCCAGCCUCCAUCCAGAUGGUUCCUGAUCGAUUUCUUUCCUCCUGCAGAAAAGACUGUUACAUGACGUGUGGAAUUGGAGUAACAAAAAUAAUACAAUGAAUGUUGGUGUUAAGUGUAUCACCACUUUAAAAAAAAAGCACAGUGACUAAAGUACCUUCAAAGUUUCAUGGAUUAUAGUUUGGGUCUGCUUCAAGUUUUCUUUGCGUGUGUCCUCCUGUCUUGACGUAGAUUCACUGUGAAAUUAUGUUCUGAAGUCUAACAUUUAUAUGAACCUGUGGUUUCUUAGGGUAAAUAAAGUCAUGAGAAAUACAUUACUUCAUCAAUGAACAUUCUGUUCUUCUUGUUGACUAGUCACCUGGACGUGCUCCGAGUCCGAAUACACAACAGAAAAACGAGUAUUAUGGUCUGUGACAUAAUAUCAACUAUGACGUCAUUAGAAUUGGGGGUGGGUAUUCCUUCUGUGUAUAGAAGUUUUUUAACAUUUUCUUUGGAUUUACAACCAUAAGUGACAUGAUGAUGCAGACGGGAGCGAUGCUUGUAACUGGCCUAAAACAUGAGUAAUAGCACUUGCUAUUGUCUGGGAAAGUUAACGUUGUGAUCACCUGUAGCUGUUUGUUUUCGUCUGAAAACCAUGGCUGUAGAUACUGUCUGUGACAAACUUUCCGUCCACAGAAUUCAGAUACAGCAGCAGAUGUGAUCGCUGCAGAGUAUAGAAGACAAUAGUCGUUGCCUCUUGCCCCUUGUUCACUGUUCUUAAGUCACCUAUUCUUUUUUAUGUAGAUCUAUAUCUUUUGGGAAGAAGAACAAGCUUGGACUUUCAUUGGCUCGAGUAUCCCACUGACAUGCAAGUUUAGCAAGACUUUUCCCCCGCCUAUCGCAUGUCUGAUGCUGAAAGACCCCUCUCUGAAGGUCAAAGCCGAAUAGAAGCUGAAUGAAUUAAUGAAUGCUUUGGCCUAUGGGAUAUUCCUCUUGUGAUGUCAUCCAUGGGUUAUGGGGUGCCAAAUGUAAAAAUGAAGACAUUUUUUUUUUCCUGAUUUAGCAGAAAUCUUUGCCAAUAUUUUCACAGAUUUCGCAAAUGUUUAAUGUUUUGUCCCAUUGUUUCAUCUGUGUAAGUGUUAAAACUAAAUGUGAUGCCGACUGCAGAGGAAUGAAGCCAGCACCUUGUAGUGCAGCUCGCACACCUGCCAUCUUUGAAACUGACAUUUAAGAUUUAGAUUUAAUGUUUACAUUUAGAUCUAAGAUUUAAAUUUAAGAUUUAACACUUACAGAGAUGAAACAAUGCAACGUAACAUCUAAGUGUAGUGUCUCAAAUGUAACAAAUAUUUGCCAAAUCUGUCAAAAUUCUGCAUUCUUCAUUUUUACAUUCCGCUCCUCAUAUCAAGGCAAGUCUAAGGAUCUCGCUUUCUUCAACACAACACAGCAGAACCAGCGUUAUGGACGAUCGGGAUACUUUCGUCCUGGUCAUGAAAACUCUAUCUUCCUUCUUGAAUGCGCGUUUGGCUUUUCACACUCCCCCUGAUGCCUCCCUGGCUUUGGAGACAUGCCUAUCAGCUUGAAGAAUGUUAAGUCUUUGCCCUCUGUGCUUCUUGCUGUACCACCCUUUCCCAUCUAAAAAGGUCAACGGGUGAUAUUAACCAUGUAAAAUUGGGGUGCAACACCAUGAUCUUUGGAAAGCAAUUUCAGUGUCAGUGAUAUUAUAAUCCUCAAUAUAAGGAUGCUGCUUCUUCACCUCAUGCUAAAGUCUGUCCUUUCAGACGGGGAUUCCUGGUGAGAUCCAGGGCCGUGUGCCGACAUGAAACUUUGCUGUGCUUGUGUGCUGCAUCUGUCAUACUCUAUUUACUCGGAUUGUAUUUGACCUGUGAGGGAAAUCUUUACCAUGGUCACUUUUAAUCAAGUCUUUGUGAAGAAAAAUGAGCAUCUGAACUCACGGUUUACAAAACAGGCCGUGGAAAUAGCUGGACGUGCGCUGGAUACGCUGCGGUGCUUCCAUUAAAACGUUUCCUCAAAUAACUAAAAACUCAACAGAUUCUGAAUGGUUUCCGUCGCAAAAAGCCAUAUGGACCCCGAAGAGUCUCAGAUCAAUGUGAAAGGAGUUUGACCUCCGUCUGUGAAGGAUUAUCACUCACGGGAUUCUCACCAUCUCCUCCAAUGUGUCCGCUCACAUUAUGUAUGAAGAUUGUCUUAUUGAAGCAAUAUGCUGUUGGCGACUGUAACCUCUCCUUAGGCUCUCGAAUCAAAGAGGAGUGAAGCCUGCUAAUAAUUCAACACCAAAUCCUUCCCAUCAUGAAAGGCCUUGUUUACAAUUCUGUAUCUGGAUCUUUUUUGCUGUGGGACUUUAUUGAGUUUGUAAAACUGAAUUUACUCUUGGUAACGCUGUUGUUCCGGCAAGUACGCUCCAAAAUCCCGCACAAAGUCGGACCUGACAUUAUGUAGCUCUUGAAGCCUCUUGAAUUAAUCAGCAUGAAGGACCUGCAGCCUUUGGAUCGACUUGUUUUCGAUCAGGCUGCUGAUGUUUCCUGGGUAAAAAAAAAAAAAAAAAAAAAAAAAAAAAAAGGGGGGGAAAUAAAUGUAUUUCCAGCUGUUGUGUAUGUCCUCCGCGUUUGCAUUUGCUGUCAAAAUAAAUCUUCGUUCUGGUCAUGAAAUUCAGAUUUGGCUCAUGACAGUGCGUGUGCUUGAGGUAGCAGUCUCCCGAGCAGGAACAUCACACAACAGUGUGCAUCAUGUGGUCGCAAUUUUAUGGCUCAUUGGUUUAAAGGUCUGAAAGUUUGUUCAAUCUAGGCAGUAAAUACUGGACAUGAAAGAAAAACGCAUCUAGAUUUCUGUCUUCACAUGCAACUUCAGUAUAAUUUGGAUUUUGAAACUUAAUUCGAGCGAAAUCUGGUUUGAGAAUCUGAAACGUGUGAAGCGAUUUAUCUUCUCUCCUGCUGGCCUCGGCUUUCUCUCUUCAUAUUAAAACGCAAAAUGAACCUGCCUUUUAUUUGUGGAAUGGCUUUCAUUGUGAAAUGCCGUCAUGUUUUUGGAUACGGUGUCUAGGGGUCAAAAAACUACAGGAACCCAGUGAUUUUCUGAGGGGAUCUGAGACCAGCUCCCAUUCAUCACAAGCAAAUGUAAGCAGUUUUGCUGCAUCCCAUUUUAAAUCGCAUUCAUCAGCGCUUCUCAAGCCAAAACAACUGAAUAAUCCGAACCAAGUGUUUGGCCCGGUCGUCGCUAACAACUGGAGAGUGGACGGCAGUAAAGACGGUUCGGGGGUGGGGGGUGUU